GGCUGUUUGAGUCAUGACAAGAAAGCGAACAAGAGUGGCAUCAGGGUCGCACUUUGGAGUACUACUAGGCGGCGCGACUCUGCUGCUGGCGGUGGGGAUUUCGGAUGCUUUCGCUGCUGCUGGGCCAUCGACUGUCGGGACAAUCGGCCUCGACACGACGCUGCCUAUGGACGCGGCCACUUUCUGGCGAUUCGCACACUCGAAAGACUUCUAUCGCAGCACCAGACAGCAGAGCGCGGUCGUUCGACAACAGGUGGUGGACCUUACGAGCUGGGAACAGGCCGACGGCAUCGACGCCGAGCACACGCUGCUCGACGAUCGCCACCAAAAGGGCGGCGGCGGCGGCGGGAUCUGCUACACGGAGAGCGACUGCAUCACGGGUUUUCCCAUGGUUCCGGGUGACCUUUCCGUAAAGACGACGUUCCUGGUUACCCCGGUGGAAGACGGGGGGCACGAGGAGCGCGUUCGCGUGAGGGUAGGGGUCGUCGUGGAGGAGAUCGAGCUCCCGAAACGGCUACGGUUUUUGAGCAAGAGGGUGAGCAAGAUCGUCGGAAACGGCGGGAGAAAACAGGCGGAGAAGUGGCUAGGGGAGAUGGUCAAGGAGGGGUCGCCGGCGGCAGACGCAUGA